UUUACAUUGGAUUGAACAACAACCAUGGGUGGAUGUAUAAGGAGGCUGAUCGGCCCUCCACAAAAUUCAAAUACAAAUGGAAGCAACCGACAACCAAAAAUGUCACAGGCAUCAUUUUCAAAUAUUCAACAACAACAACGAUCUCAAAGUUUUCAACAACCUGCCAUGAACGAUAUGGAAAUAUUUAUUGCUCUCUAUGAUUACGAUGCUCGAACUGAAGAUGAUCUAAGUUUUCAUAAAGGUGACCUCAUGGAGGUUUUGUCAAGAGACCAAGGCGACUGGUGGAUGGCAAGGCAUCUCAAUCCUCCGCCUAAUGGCAGACGAGAGGGUUACAUACCAUCAAACUAUGUUGCUAAACAUAGAUCUCUUAAUGCUGAAGUAUGGUUUAUCCGAAAUACGAAACGUUUAGAAGCCGAACGACGAUUAAUGAUGCCAGUUAAUGUAACUGGAUCUUUUCUAGUUCGAGAAAGUGAGAGUAAACCUGGGGAUUAUUCUUUAUCUGUUCGAGAUGAAGAUCAUGUGAAACAUUACAGAAUAAGAAUGCUCGAUGCUGGAGGUUAUUUCAUCGCAAGAAGAGCAGUGUUCGCCACCAUACAAGAACUCGUUGAACAUUAUAAACUAAGUGCUGAUGGAUUGUGUUAUAACUUGAGAAUGCCUUGUAUAAUGCUUGAAGCACCAACUACAGUCGGCCUUUCACACAACACAGUAGAUGCUUGGGAGAUUGAAAGAAGUUCACUUGUUAAAACAAGGUUAUUAGGUCAAGGUCAAUUCGGUGAAGUAUGGGAAGGUCAAUGGAACGGAACAACAAGAGUUGCCAUCAAACAGUUGAAACCAGGUACAAUGGACGCUAAAGAAUUUUUACGAGAAGCUCAAAUUAUGAAGAAACUUCGCCAUCCUAAAUUAGUUCAAUUAUAUGCAGUUUGUACAAUUACGGAACCUAUUUAUAUUGUUACUGAGCUUAUGUGCAAUGGAAGUCUACUGGACUAUUUGAAAGGCAAAGGUCGCGGAAUAGAUUUCCAAGUAAUGGUUGACAUGAUGGCUCAAAUAGCAGCAGGAAUGGCGUAUCUUGAAUGUCAGAACUUUAUUCAUCGGGAUCUUGCAGCACGAAAUAUACUUGUUGGUGAUAAUAAUACAUGCAAAGUUGCUGAUUUUGGUCUUGCCAGAUUUAUUAAGGACACCGAGUCGCAAGACAAUGAAGGAAUCUACAUGGCCCAUGAAGGAGCAAAGUUUCCAAUCAAAUGGACGGCACCAGAGGCUGCCUUGUACAACAGGUUUACUGUCAAGUCAGAUAUCUGGUCGUUUGGAGUCUUACUUUAUGAAAUUAUUACCAAAGGAAAAAUGCCCUAUCCAGGUAUGACUAACAGAGAAGUUUUGGACCAAGUUAGAAUCGGUUAUCGCAUGCCACAGAUGACUGAAUGCCCCGAUCAACUUUACGAAAUAAUGAAAGAAUGUUGGAAUGCUGACGAAGCGAAACGACCAUCAUUCGAAACAUUGCAGUGGAAACUUGAAGAAUAUUUCUUCCAAGACGACGGAGAUUAUAAGGAAGCAGAUGCCGUUAUUUAAAAUGCCUGAAAAUAAUUUAGUCAAAUUGAUUUUGUAAUUGUUUUUAAAAAAUGAAUAAUUUUUCGUAAUCAUAAUAAUUGUUAAUGGCUCAAUAAGUAGAUUAUUUGGAGAAGUUGAAACAUCGUUUUUCGUUUUUAUUCGGACCUUUCAUCCAACUCUAUAGGAACUCUAACAAUGACUAACAUAUAAUAUGGGUAUUUUAAGUUGCAUUCAAUAUAUUAAUAAUAUGGAUGUAAUGCUUGAAUAUAGCGCUUCAUUGAAUGUAUUUAUAUUCUAUUUAGUGAUAGGCGGACCAGUUUUUAUUUUGGUGUUUGUGUGUUGAAACAAGUUAUUAUUUAGCUUUCAAGCAUUUUUUACAGUAGCGACUCAUUGUGUGUUGUUAAUCUGAUUUACCAUCUCUUAGUCAAUUGUGUAUUGUACAUUUUUUGUGCCUUUUUUAAUAUUUUAUAGCAAACAUAUGAUCCUGCUUAAUAUGUAAAUGCAAAACUGGUAUAAAGCAAAUUAUAAAAGUUUUCACCAAUGGUUUGAAUGUUCAUACAGAUGCACUUUACCAAGCCAAGGAGGAAUAGAAAAAUUGCGAAGGUACAUUCAUGUCGAGUAAAAAUAUUUUGCCAAAUUACAUCGGUUUUCUAACAUCAGUUGAGCGGUAUUUAAAUUCAACAAAUAUGGUGUAACAAAUAUGCUUAUCCUUUUUUUACAAUGAAAAACGUUUCAUCUUAUCAGUAGUUAACUUUUGUGUAUUGCUACUAUAAUAAUGUCUCAAAUUUGCUAAAGUUUUAUGUAGCAAAAUAUGAUCAAUGUUUGUACUUGCCAUCGUGUAUGAACAAGUUCUUUUUAAAAUAAGCUUU